AAUAAAUUUUCACUAUCAACUUCAAUUAAAAAUAAGCGUGUGAUGAAAAAGAAUAAAAACGGCGUGCGCAGAGUAGUUGGCAAGCAAUUGAGAAUUGAGAUCCAAAAUUCCAAAUCGCAGCAUCAGCAUGGCAACGCCGCCGUCCGAUCCGUCGAAUCAAGAAGCUGUGGUAAGGAGGAAGAACAACGGUCCACCGUUCAAGUUCCUUGUUCCUCUCAUUUAUGCCCCUGUUCUCCCUCUUAUUCGCCUUUCCCUUAGGCAUAGACCUGUUUUGAGGGAUCGUUUGUUCACUGCUGUCUUAGCUGGUGCUUUCGCCCAUGGCUUCUAUCUUGUAACAGAUAUUUAUGAUAUAGAGAGCAAGUGAUUCUGUGAAGCCUGUUUCAGAUGUUUGAUCAUUAUCAUUGACCUAACAACCUCAGGUGCUCAAUAAAAUUUUGGCCAAUUAUGCUGCUCAACCUCCUGGUAACACCUUGAAUAGUAUAGGUCAAUUUUGAUCAUGUAUGAAUACUUUUCCAAAUGUUUUGGAAUGUUAAUCACUAUGUAUUCUUUGAGAGGUAAAUCUUUCGGAUUUUGGUUUAAAUAGAAUAACUGGAGUUAGGAGGCUGUUCUUUGAAUUCUGAGUUUUAUAGUGCCAGUAAAUCUUUAUGAUUUCUUAAUGCCAUUGCUCUGUUGAGUCAUAAA